CAUAGGGGCUUUUAUUUCCCCUCUUUGCUUUAUUUCAUUCAUUCAUUCACAUCCUCAGCGCCCCUUCGACUGAUCUCCUUCCGUUUCAACCGCGUUGCAUCCUAAGCUCAUCCGCAGUUAUGGCUUUGGAGCGGUUUGGUUUUUCAAUCGUCCUCCGUUGGGUGCUUAUAAAGACUGUUGCGCGGCUCUUCGAUCGAUUUUCCGGUUCUGCCCUGUUCUGCUCUGGUGAGUUUUUCCUCUAUUCUUUGAAUUUGCUUUGUGUAAUUAGUCAUCUUCCACCUUCCAGGUCUGCUUUGCACUGUAAGUUUCCCCUCUCCCUGUUUUCCUUCACUGUCUGGAGUAUAUAUACAGUUCAUUUGAAGCAAAUCAGAUUUUGAGUUUGUUAUGAAUAAUUUGAAGCAGGUUAGAUUUUGAGUUUGUUAUAAGCAAAUCAGAUUCUGGUUCUAGGUCGUAUUUUAGGAAACAAAAAAUUUAUCACUCCAACUCGCCAAACUUUAUCGUUUCCUCUUUUUAAUUUUAAGAUAAAAACAAAAUACGUAGUAUAUAAUGCCUCUGUUUCGAGAUGUUAUAAUGACUUGAAAUGUUUUUAGAAAAGGAAAUUGAUAUUUCAAAAUCAGUUUUGGGAUAUUUGUUUAAUAUUUAUCUAUCUAUAGAUUUAACAUCAAUUUACAAAUUGAGGAAUACCAUCCUAUUAAUCACUUAAUUAGGGACGUCAAAUAUGUGUACUACUCCACUAAAUACAACACCUAUGUAGUAACUCCAUUGUGGAAACAGAUUUGGUUUGACACUUCGAUAGCAUACUCUAUAAACUUUACAUAAGAUAUUAAAAAUAAUACUAACAUAAUUCCAAUAUAGGGAGUUUCAAAUACUCACUGUUUCAAUCUGAAUGGUUUAUUUAGCAACGCGCGAUGCGCGUUCGUGUAAAUGCCCAGGAACAUCACACAUAUUACUUCAUCGGGUUAGGAUGAGUGACUGCAAGAAUAGUUUGAUUAAACUGUUUGUAUACAUAAUUUGCUAGCAAUUGAUAAACAAAGUUAAUGAUGAAAAUAUUUGUAGCUGGGACUUUAUGGGGAAAAUAAAACAACCAAGAUGAUUACAAUAACCAUAAUUAAUAUGAUAAGAUUCAUAUAUGUAUCAAAUAGUAACAAACACAAAAAACAUGUGCUCCAAAAUUAUAUAGAGAUGUGGGGGCUAAAACAGACCUAAUUAUAUAUCAAUAGUGAAAGUUUGUAAGUCUGUGUGACAAAUUAACUUCGCCUCAAGUCAUCCCUUAGGGUCUCAAUGCAAUCCUUCAUUCUUCUUCUUAACACUCACUUUAGCCAUAUAGUUUGUAUGUACUGCCAACCUCGAAAUUCAUAAUAGUUAUUCAUUCUCACACUAUACACUUAAAUGAAGUUUUUUGCGUUGUUCAAUGAUCAUUACUUGUACCCAUAGGCAAGUUGGUAAUUAUCUGAAUAAACCAUAACUUUUUUAUGCUAAGGUAAAUGAAGCAUUAAAAUCUUAGGAAAUUCAAUUUAUCCUAGCACUUCAAAACAUUAUUUGUGGAGUGUUUAUUUCUUUGGGGACUAAAAAGAAAUAAAGAUGUUUGCUUCAUUGAAUGUGCUUAUAAGGUAACCCGUUUCUUAGAACUUAAAGAAACCCCCAUAGAUAUAAAAGUAUUUCAAAAGUUUAUGCAUUUUUAGGCAAGUCGGCAGAGAAAUGCUCCUACAAUAAUUGGGUUGUGUUUAAAAUUAAGUUAUGGUCAAAUUAAUUUUGAUUUGAAAGAAAUCCUGGACUGUUUUGUGUUGUCCAAGAGUAUUUCCUUGCAGAAUAAUUUUAGUGUAGCUUUGAUUUUCUGCCAAAUAACCCCUGCAGGAUCAGCUUUUGUCCUUGAAAAUACCACACAUUUAUCAAUAUUUAUAAACGGGAUCCUUCGUUUUUAUUAAAAAAAUCUUUUGUUUGACUCAACAGUUUAAAGUAUAUGGCUGGCAUGUGAGUAAAAAUAAGUGAACUUACUCUAAUCGCAAACAUUUUUCCCUGGACUAGAAAAAAAGUGAAUUAUUUCAGGAGCUGAAAAAUUACUGUUUUAGGAAUAAUGAAAGCUCAUUGUUUGUAUUUGUUUGUAUUUGUUUAAUUAAAUCUCAUUCCUGGACAGAGUAGCUCAGUUGUGCUUCUAGAAUUGAUAAGCAGCGUUUGACAAGGGCAAUUUAUCCUUCUUUUGGUAUCGUUUUCAGUGUUCUAUCUUUCAGAUACUAAUUUUCAUCUUCUAUGUACUUAAAAAUCUUUUUAGGCUUGCGAGAUUGUUUGCAUUUUGAGCUCAGCGUGUUUCGAUUCGAGGUAUUUCAUUAUCCACAAAACUGAAAACCCCAUUCUACCCUCAUCAUCAAUCCAACAUCUUCAAGAGCUGAAGAAUUGCAUAAGUGGGCAAUUGACAACCGUCCUACUCUUGAUGCGCUCAAAAUCUGUCGUGAAUACAACAACGCGGCAAUAAACCUUGCAAGCCCAGACGUGGAAGAAAUUUCCAAAGUAUCUGAAGUGCCUCCAUCCAUUGAUCCGGCAAAACCCAUUUGGGUUCACGGCAAAAUUAAGUUGCUACUUGAGGGUGACAGUCUUUGGUAUAUGGCUUGUAGCAAUUGUUUGAAAACAGUGUAUGCAGAUUAUGAUACCCGGUUUCCCUGCAUGCAUUGUGGCAAGGAAGAUGCGGUUGGUACUCCAAGAUCCAAAGUGAAUGUUUCUAUCACCGAUUCUACUGCAACCAUUGAUGCCUCGGUUUUUGGACAAAGCGUCGAGAAACUUCUACUGUUGAGUAGCAAGCAAAUUAUGGAAAUUGAGCUACAGGGAAAGAAGGCAUCAUUUCAAUAUGCAAAUAAGCGGUUGGAUAAAGAAGACUACAUAGUGCAGCUGCGGUCACAGAUAAAUAGCUAUCAAACCAAGUCAGGACCCUCCUAUACCGUGACAUCCUUACAUGAUGCAUCACAUUACAUUGUUGCAACCAACGCCAAUCCAUCAACCCCGCCUUCCUCAAAGAUGAAGCUCCCGCGCUCGGGUGAAGAUGACUCGCCUAUUGAUCUGAAGCGAAAGAGAAAAGCCUAAUUGUUUAUCAUUGUCUUCCACGCCUUCAAUCACUCCAACUACUUUCCUAGAACAUUUACUUUAAUUUUCUUAAAGCGUUAGAACCCGACCCCAUUUUGCCUAAUUCUCCCAGCAAAACAUUUUUUAUUGGUUUAUUAUUUCAUACGAACCUUAAUCAUAUUAUGGUUCUUGCAUUCAUCUUGGCUAUUUUACCUACGAACAUAUAUUCUAGCCUAUAAAUGCUUUAUUUAUUACGCUUCUUUAUCGAUAAAUAUCAAACUAUGUAUUCAAUUGUUCUAUUUGAAUUAUACUCACAUUUUCACUAAACAUUUACCAA